AUGUCAAGGGAUAUUACCAAUAUGAAAAUAGUGAUGCUGGGGGAAGGCCGUGUGGGAAAAACAUCCUUACUUCAACGCUUCGUUAGUGAUUCAUUUGAGGAAGAAUGUGAAUCCACAACUAAAGCGUCCAUGUACGCUAACGUAACCGUUACUGUCUCCGAUGGGGCUAAGGCAAAGCUGUCUAUAUGGGAUACUGCUGGCCAAGAACGCUACCACGCUUUAGGACCCAUAUACUACCGUGAUGCACAAGGUGCCAUACUUGUUUACGAUAUCACAGACUACGAGAGCUUUUUAAAGGUAAAAAUAUGGUUAAAGGAACUUCAACAAGUGGUUGGUAAUCAAAACAUAUCGGUAGUAGUUGUUGGUAAUAAAAUCGACUUGGAGCGCCAAAGAAGCGUCACAGUGAAAGAAGCUGAAGAAUGGGCAAAUCAGCAAAAUGCGAAACACUACAAUGUUAGCGCAAAGUUAUCAAUUCAUAUAUCUGAACCGUUUAAUGGAAUUGCGAAGAGUGUAAUUGCCAGGAUCAACGAAGCGGAUCGUAUAUUACACCCACAAUCAGGAAAGAUAAAAGAUGGGGUGAAAAAACGGAACUUUGUGGGACUAGGGCCACCUGCACAGACUUCUCGGGGUGUUAAGGUACAAUUGAUUGAGAAACAUGAUGAUAAUGAAACUCUCACGCAUAAACACUGUAGCUGCUGA